AACACUUGGUCCUUACUUGUCAGCCACUGCACAACUACAUCAAAAGGUUAAUAUAAAACAGAUUGUUAUCGCGCUUAUUGAUCGUCUUGCAGCCUAUGCUACUCGUGAAGCAGAUUCUGAACCACCAGAAGUGGUUAAACAACAGGAAGAGGAGGCUGCUCGUAGGCUAGCUGAAAAAUUGAGAAAGCAAAAAAUUAGUGGAUACAGUGAUGAAAAAGAUUAUGAUGACGAUUUGCCAGAAGAGGAACCUCAAGAGGAAUUGGAUAACGAUGACCUUUCGUCAAUUAAAAUAAAAUCUGGUGAAGAACCCACCGUAAAAAAAUUCCGUGGUAUUCCAGAAGAUGUAAAACUCUUUGAGGUUUUCUGGGGGCAAAUUGUCGAGUUGGCACGUCACGAUUUAUCCAUCCAAGAUAUCACUGCUUUGUUGGUAUCUUUGGUCAACUUAUCAUUAAGUUGUUAUCCUGACAAGAUUGAAUAUGUUGAUCAGGUCAUAGAAUUUGCAAAACAAAAGGUUUUGGACUUCCACGAUAGUCCUGAUUUACAUAGUCCGGCCGCUACCUCCAAUUUACUCAAUCUACUUUUGGCACCAAUCAACAACUAUUCUACCGUUCUCACUCUUCUUGCAUUGCCCAAUUAUUCUGCACUUCUCUCUGUUCAACCGUUCCAGACUCGCCGUUCUGUUGCACAUGCCAUUGUUUCCUCUAUACUCAAGAAUGAAACGAUUAUCGAGACUCCUCAUGAAGUUAAUUGUAUACUGGAUCUUUGCAGCGUCCUAACGCGUGAUCAAAAGGAUGCUACUCUUUCAAGUCCAUUUAGUGGGCUUACCGGUGGGAGAAAUACGAGAUCUAGCGGUAUCCCGCCAACGAUGGAUCCAGAAGAAUUUGCAGAAGAGCAAGGAUGGCUUGCAAGGAUAAUUCAUUUAUUCAAAAGUGAUGAUCCAGAUAAUCAAUAUAUGCUUCUUACUACAGCCCGUAAACAAUUUACAGAAGGCGGAGAGAGAAUACGUUACACUUUCCCGCCUCUUGUUGCGUCGGCUGUUAAAUUAGCAAGAAGAUACCUACAGAUGCAGCAACGUGAUGAUGGUUGGGAGAAAAAAACGAAUACACUCUUUCGCUUUGUUCACCAGGUCAUUACUGCUCUAUAUAACAAAGUUGAAUGUUCAGAGUUAUGUUUGCGAUUGUUCCUUCUCGCUGGUCAAAGUGCUGAUGAAUGUGGAUUUGAAGAAAUAUGUUACGAAUUCUUUGUUCAGGCAUUUACCAUUUACGAAGAAUCGAUUUCAGAAUCGCGCAUACAAUUUCAAGCUAUUACGCUCAUUAUUGGUACAUUGCAAACUACUAGCGUGUUUGGCCCAGAAAAUUACGAUACUUUGAUCACCAAAUGUGCUCUGCAUGGAAGUAAAUUGCUUAAAAAACCGGAUCAAUGCCGUGCAGUUUAUCUUUCUAGUCAUCUGUGGUGGGCUACUGAGGUUGAAGGAAGAAAUAACAGACCAACUGAGGAAUUAUAUCGCGACGGCAAGCGAGUUCUUGAAUGUUUACAAAAAGCCCUUAAGAUUGCAGAUUCUUGUAUGGAUUCUGUGACUAACGUGGAGCUAUUUGUGGAAAUCUUGAAUAGAUACAUAUAUUACUUUGAAAGAAAGAACGAAGCUGUUACUGUUAAAUAUCUCGAUGGUUUGAUUGAUCUUAUUAAUACUAAUCUUACUAAUAUGGAUAGUUCAGACCAACACCCUCCAACGUCUGCUUCAUCUGCCCUCAUUGAACCUGAAGGAAACUUAUCAGAAUUUGUUGUAAGACAUUUCAAAUCAACCCUUCAUCAUCUUAAUAUGCGAAAAGAAACAGUACUUGCUGCUAAAGGGCAAGGUGACAUUUUUCAGCAAAGAUAUGAUGAGAUAAAUACUAAUGUUUCUUUGUGA